AACAUGACUGAACUCCAUCAUGGCUAAAAACGCAUCGCUGACCCUCUGCGGUGAGCUCCGGGGUCCCGUAGGCGGCUAUAAUUAGCACCGUCCCGGUGAGCAGGCAGCAUAUGUAGAGCGGGGGCGUUUUUUUGGCUCCUACACACACACUUCCGUGUUUAUCUGUCACCGUAAAGCAGGAAGCACUGUAGUAAUGUGUAGGAGUUGACGAGCCCUCCUGCUGCUGGUUCCUCACAGGUAAAGAGAAAGCAGCCGGGGAAGGAGCUACAUGGAGGCUAACUAACUGAGCCCGGAUCCGUCGGUGCUCGGCAGACGAUCACACACACACACACGGGGACUGCGGUACAUCGGUACCGAAAUGCCAGCCGGAGUUUGCGGCUGCUGUGGGCCACUGAGGCCGAGGUACAAACGCCUGGUGGACAACAUCUUCCCUGAGGACCCCAAAGAUGGCCUCAGUAAGUCGGACAUGGAGAAGCUCACCUUCUACGCCGUGUCGGCUCCAGAGAAACUGGACAGGAUUGGAGCUUACCUGGCCGAGAAGCUGAGCAGAGACGUGGUGCGACAUCGCUACGCGAAUGUGGUGAUAGCCAUGGAGGCUCUGGACCAGCUGCUGAUGGCGUGUCACUCUCAGAGCAUCAAACCCUUCGUGGAGAGUUUCCUGCACAUGGUGGCCAAGCUGCUGGAGUCUAGAGAGCCAGACCUGCAGGUGCUGGGAACCAACUCGUUCGUGAAGUUUGCCAACAUCGAGGAGGACACACCUUCCUACCAUCGCCGCUACGAUUUCUUUGUCUCUCAGUUCAGCGCCAUGUGCCACUCUACUCACGAAGACCAAGAGACCAGAACCAGGAUCCGUGUGGCCGGGAUCAAAGGUCUGCAGGGCGUGGUGAGGAAGACGGUGAACGACGAGCUGCAGGCCAUCAUCUGGGAGCCACAGCACAUGGACAAACUGAUCCCAUCCAUGCUGUUCAACAUGCAGGACAGUGAAGACCUGGACAGGGCGGGACACCCCAACACACCAUCGGGGGCGGGUCAGGAUGGCGAGGAGAACCCGUCAGCGCUGGCUGAGAACUGCUUCAGAGAGCUGCUGGGCCGAGCGGCGUACGGCAACAUGAACAACGCUGUGCGACCCGUGCUGGCUCAGCACUCGCACCACGUGAUCCAGCAGGUUCUGAACCACCUCGACACUAACAACAAGAACACGCCGCGGGUCAGAGCCGGCAUCGUCCAGGUGCUCCUGGAGACGGUGGCCAUCGCCGCCAAAGGAUCUGUGGGGCCCACCGUGCUGGAGGUGUUCAACACUCUGCUCAAACACCUGAGGAUGAGCGUGGACUUUGAGCUGGGCGACAGCUCGAGGAGGAACUCCGCCUCCAGCGUUUCGUCCGUCCGCGGUAAAGAGAGCGAGGAGCGGAUCGUCCAGAACGCCAUCAUCCAGACCAUCGGCUUCUUCGGUGGAAAUCUGCCAGACUACCAGCGAGCUGAAGUCAUGAUGUUCAUCAUGGGCAAAGUGCCAGUGUACGGGACGCCCUGCCACGCCUUGGACACAGUCAAGAUUGGGCAUCAGGGCACCAAGCGGAUCCAGACCAUGCUGCUCAGCUCCCUCAUCAUGGUCACCUCCGGCUUCAAGUCUAAGUCCAUGGCGGCGGCUCUGCCUCCUCCUUUCCUGGACCCGCUCUUCUCCAUCUCUCUGAUGGAGGACAGCGAGCUGAGGCAGCUGGUGUUCGAGAUCCUGCACAACAUCCUCGACCGCCACGACAACCGCGCCAAGCUGCGCGGCAUCAGAAUCAUUCCUAAUGUCUCCGCACUGAAGAUUAAGAGAGAGAAGAUUUCCAAGCAAGACGUCGCAUUCAUGAAGAAGCACGGCCAGCAGCUCUACCGUCACAUCUAUCUGGGCUGCAAAGAGGAAGAUAACGUCCACAAAAACUUUGAGCUGCUCUUCACCACCCUCGCCAUUCUGACCAUCGAGCUGGCCAAUGAGGAAGUGGUCAUCGACCUCAUUCGACUCGCCAUCGCGCUGCAGGAAAUGGCUCUUACCAACGAAGAGAACCUGCCCAUGUUUAUCCGCUGCGGCAUCAUGGCGUUGGUGGCCGCGUACCUCAACUUCCUGAGUCAGAUGAUUGCCAACCCGCCCUUCUGCCAGCACGUCAGCAAGGUUAUUGAGUUGAGGAACAUGGAUGCUCCUUACCUCCUCCCAGAGCACAUCUUCAGAGACAAGUGUCCGCUUCCUGAAUCUUUGGACAAAGAGGACAGCCAGCUGUACUUCCAGACGGCCGACAUGGCCGAGUGUUUGGCCGGGCCGGGGUACAACGCCGAGCGCCUCUCCAUCCCCUACGUUCCUCAGGUCACAGGUGAAGAACGUCUGUCCAGGAGGCCGAGUUUCGUGGACACCGUCUCCCUCCAAGUGGACAUCAUUUCCAACAGCCUUCCAGAAAAGUCGCAGCUGGCUGAGGAGAUCACGUUUGAGACCCUGAAGAAGGCCAUCGACACCACCGGUUUGGAGGAGCAGGAGAGGGCGAAGAGGCGCCAGGUGAUGGAGAAGUUCCAGAAAGCGCCGUUCGAGGAGAUCGCCGCCCACUGCGAAUCCAAGGCAAACAUGCUGCACGACCGGCUCGCACAAAUCUUUGAACUCACAAUCAGGCCUCCUCCCAGCCCGUCCGGAGUGGUUUCCAUCUCAGCGGGACACACCCAGCAUCAGUCCGUCCCCGUCUACGAGAUGAAGUUUCCAGACCUGUGUGUCUACUGAACGCACACAUCCACAAACCAGCUCACACGCAACAUUGAAAAUGCACAGAAAGAACAACACACUCACAUCUGCACUCCAGUCUCCUCUGUUCAGGUGGCCGGGAUGCCGUCAGGGACGAAGUUUAAAUCCUGUUUCCCGUCUUGACUCAAACCUGCGUUAAUCCACGCUGCUCUGAUUGGUUACACUUUGUUUCCUGACUCGCGUCCCUGAAGCCAAACUGAACUUUUGAGUCACCAAGAACAAAAAAACAACAACAAAACCCAUAAACUGCUUCCACUCUGAGGUUUUAGUGUAUUUCUGCUGAAUCAGACGUUGCUUCUCUGUUCCAGUCCAGCCAAAGCUUCACUCCUUGUACAUACGCUCUCUUAAAAAAGCAGCGUGAGGCUCACAAACGCAGCUCCUGCCUCCUAACAACUAUCUGUCUCCUGUCAGUAGCCGUCGGUGCCGUCACUGAUUAGUAGGAAUGUGCAAUAUACAUAUAUAUAUAUAUAUUAGCCGUCAGCUAUGAAAACUGAAAUUACAUAGGUGGUGGUAGAAAGCAGUUUAGUUUCAGGCUCGCUGCUCCUCAGCUCUUCCCUCUAAUCUUCAGUCUUUGCUGUUUAAGAUAAAAGUGUGUCACAAAUGACUCCAACAACCAGCUGAGUUCUUAUAAGUCAAUUCAAUGACAGCAAUACUCGAACUGCUUGGCAGCGACACUCUAAAGCUGAAGAGUCGACGUUUGGACGAGUAGAAAUGGGCUCGCUCGUGUUUGGUGAUGACGUGAUUGUUUCUGAGAGGCGUGAGUCUGUAAGAGGAAGGUCAAGAGGAGUGUUCAUGUCCAUCAGCUCCCACCUGAGACUCUAUAAAAGAUGGACAUAGUCAGUGUGGUGUCAAUUUAGUGGGGAGCUUUGACAUUGGAUUACCAAAUGGUGGAACUAAGACUGUAUACUCCACUAGUACUACUAGUACAGUAGCCACAGGUGGACAAAAUCAAUAGAGACUGUAUAAAAAAGAUGGAUAGAGCCACCGAGACAUCAGCGUCUGGUUUUGAGCUCCACAUUUGGAGCCUCAGUGUUGAGGUUUUCGAUGAUGUCAUAAUGUAGUCACAUGAUCAGAGCAACCAUGCCUCCUGUAUCCAGAUGAAUUAUCAAAAAAACAUUUUUUUUAGGAUGUAGUCAUGUUUAUUUCUGCUGAAAGCUUCAACACGAGAGUCUGAGGACUGUCUCACUGCUGGAGUCGCCCUCAGGUGGCCGUGAAAGGAACUGCAGUCUUUGGUGCUUCCAUAUUGGCAGCUUAAUGUUACAGUAAUGAGGACGUGAUUUAUAAAAUGAAACUACAAUCUGAGCUCAGUGUUUACUGACGUCUAAACGCAAGAAGGCCGUUGGGUCUUAUUGUCAAAGAGUUCAAACCUUUCAGAUAUGGAAGCUACAUCCAUCUUUAAUAUACAGUCUGUGGCUUUGACGAUGGUCCUUAGAGAAGUUGUUGUAAAGUUUGUGUAAAGUUCUUGUGGCGGGGCUGAUGAUUUUAGAAAGGACUCUAAACUUCCUCUAUUAAAAAUUUGGGGUUAAUAUUCUCAGAGAUUGCAGUGAAAAUAUCACAAAAAAAUACAAAUGUAGCAUCUUUUAAAGAGUUGAAGUUUAUUCCUCAAGUAUGAAGCAGUGCAGUUAUGAUCACAGUUACAGGCCUGUGUGUAAGUAAAAUUAAAGCUGCGCGCUCUUUGUUUGUAAUAUUUCCUGAUAUGAGGGGGAGCUGCAGGCAGCGUGUUGGCUGCAGAUGAAUCUGAUCCAGCUCCUUGACUUUGCGCUGUAGUCCCUGCGCACGCCUGCUUUCCAUGAACGAAUCAGCCGCCUCACAGCUUUGUUGGUAGCCUAAAAAAACAAAAA